AUGGAUGCAUAUUCUAUAUCUUACACUACACAGUCUCGCAGAGGUUCUUCUCGAAUAUAUCAAGACCUAGCUACCUGUCGACUAGCUUCCCGAAGGGUUUCUACCACCCAGGUAGAACAGCUAGACAUGGAUUUUUCAAAAAAGUUGCGUAAACCAAACCACUCCCAGCCUCCAAGAAUCGGCAUCGUAGGAGCAGGAAUAUCUGGUCUCCGGUGUGCUGAUGUUCUAUUACAACAUGGUUUCAGCGUCACCAUCCUGGAAGGUAGAAAUAGGAUAGGCGGACGAAUGCAUCAGACAACGCUCUCCUCCGGACAACUUAUAGAUGUUGGUCCAAACUGGAUUCACGGCACCGACAAUAACCCCAUAUUGGAUUUGGCAAAAGAAACGAAUACCCCAACGCACACUUGGGAAGAGCAAACCAACAUUUUUGACGAAACUGGAAAGGCUUUGAAAAAUGGGAAUCCGUUGAUGGAAGCUAUGUGGGGCAUCAUAGUAGAAGCCUUCAAGCAUUCGGGUAAGAAUACAGCGGAAAUCGACCCGGAAGAGAGUCUUUAUGACUUUUUUAUCAAUAAGUCACGGGAUGUAUUCACAGGCCAAGAUGAUGCGGGGCAGCAGCGGAAGAUUUUGCUUCAGAUGGCAGAGCUCUGGGGUGCGUUUGUUGGAAGCCCCGUUCAGAGACAGAGCUUGAAGUACUUUUGGUUAGAAGAGUGUAUCGACGGUGAGAACCUCUUUUGUGCUGGAACGUACCAGAAAAUCCUUGCUCUCAUCGCGAAGCCAGCGUUAGAUAAGGCCGAAAUCAAACUGUCGACCAAGAUUAGCAAAUUUGAAACGCAAAAUGACUUUGUAACUGUCACGGCCGAAAAUGGGCAGUUUGAGUUUGAUGAAGUCGUAGUGACAGCUCCACUGGGCUGGCUCAAGGUCAACAAGCUGGCCUUUCACCCACCCUUGUCUGAAAGGCUUUCUCAGGCUAUCGACUCCAUAGGCUAUGGCAACUUGGACAAGGUGUAUAUAACUUUCCCACAAGCCUUUUGGCUGGGCGAUAAAGACAAAGCAGAGGACCAGUUCAGCGGCUUCAUACAUUGGAUGUCACCUGUUUACGCCUCGGAUACGAAUCCUCAGAAAUGGAAUCAGGAAGCCGUUGAUAUGAACACUCUCCCAAAGUCGUGCUCGCACCCAACGCUAUUAUUCUACUUUUACGGCGACCAAUCGCUCAAACUAGCCAAAGAUCUCGCAGCUCUUCCGUCAGAGACGGAGAAACAUGACUAUCUGGUCCAAUUUUUCAAACCUUAUUACUCGAGACUUCCACACUACAAAGAUGGCUCAAAAGACUGUAUUCCGGUGUCGAGUCUGGCAACAAACUGGGUAUUGGAUGAGCUCGCAGGUAAUGGAAGCUACAGCACUUUUCGAACCGGCCUGAAAGAGGGAGACAAAGAUAUUGAGGUCAUGAGGGAAGGACUUCCUAGCCAAAGUCUUUGGUUUGCUGGUGAACAUACUGCCCCCUUUGUUGCGUUGGGCACGGUGACUGGCGCAUAUUGGAGUGGUGAAGCGGUUGGGAAGAGAAUCGCUGAUGCUUAUGGUAUGGGAGGAGGAACUGGCAAAGAUGGCCUUAUCCUUCCAGGAAAGGCGAGCACUGAGGGAGGAAAGGAGGUUAAUGUGAGAGGCUUCGCAGAUAAGGCUCUCGAGAAGUGA